AUGUCCACGAGUGCUCUCGAACCCACCACUGACUCCGAGGAUGACUGGGAGGAAGUCGUGGUCCCCGACGAAGACAAGAACCUCGAAAUCACUAUAUCACCCGUCGCAACCCAGGACAAGUCAAAACUUCGGAUAUCUAACGCAGAACGUCUGCUCCGAAUCAACUGCCAUAAACUACACACACUCACUCUAUUAACUAAUGCGUGGAUUCGGAACAAAUGGAUAAACGACGAGUUGCUACAGGCGCGGCUGGUGUCUUUGACGCCAAUGUCGCUUCAAACGGCGUUCGCAAUGAUACACAAGUCUCGGAUACCAGAUGUUGGAAAGCGAGGACGGAUGUUCGAAGCUGCUCUCCGCAAUCUCACUGAGUGGUGGUCGACAAGCUUUUUCGAGGUCACCUCCGACGGACACCUCAGAAAUCGCACGUUCGACACUGUUCGGAAGUUAAUGGGCGAUGACGACGAAUGGGAUGUAGAUUCGCUCCGGGAAAUCCUUGAGGACGACGGUGAAACCAUCCGCGGCCCCAAAAGCCUGAUGAAAUACACCUUGAAGCAGCGUGGCACUCGCGAUACCAGCGCGCAACUGUUUACUGCUCUCUGUCGUGGCCUCGGUAUCCCUGCACGCUUGGUCGUCAGUCUUCAAUGCGUCCCAUGGCAGACGCCAAAAGCGACAUACAAAGGGAAAGGGAAAGGGAAAGCUCAGGAGGUGUCUGAUCCCAAGGGAAAGGGCAAAGCAAGGACCGGCGUCCACUCGUUUCCUGGGACAGGACAACGCUUGGAUGGCAGCACAAGCAUCUCAGCAGCGGAACACGCGAAAGGAAAGGCACCCGUCAAGUUACGCAAAACGAAGGACAAGGGAAAUGUCCUUGGUAAUGCUAGCAGUAGUACCAACAGGGCAUCAUCUCCUCCAUCUUAUUCUCUUGAUCCCACCACAACACCGCCGGUCUUCUGGACCGAAGUGUUCUCGCGACCAGAUGCGCGUUGGUUUCCUAUCGAUCCUAUCCGCAAUAGCGUCAAUCAGCCAAAAGACUUCGAUCCGGCCAACGGCGACGCUGUAACCGCUAAACGUGUGCAAACGGAAAACCGAAUGGUUUAUGUGCUUGCGUUCGAGGACGACGGUUUUGCGCGGGAUGUCACAAGACGAUAUGCACGCCGCUUUGCAGAGCGUGUGGUGAAAAUGCAAGGUGCCCGUCAGGCCGCGUGGUGGGCAAGGGUUGUUGAGGGGAUUACAAGACCAUAUCGUCUGAACAGAGACGAUAUAGAAGAUGCGGAGCUUGAUACGGUACAAUUGCUUGAAGGCAUGCCUUCAACGAUUACUGGUUUCAAAGACCAUCCGAUCUAUGUGCUAACGCGCCAUCUAACCCAGACCCAGACUAUCCAUCCACCACCGCCAUCAACCAAAGAGCUUGGGAAAUUUCGGGGAGAGCCGGUGUAUCCGCGUUCUGCAGUUGUCUCCCUCAAAUCGGCAGAGAGCUGGUUGCGGACUUCCGGCCGACGCAUCAGAGAGGGUGAGCAGCCAUUGAAGCUUGUCAAAGCACGAACAGCGACACUGGGACGACAGCGCGAGAUCGCUGUCCUCAAGGAUGGCCUCCGGACCGCUGGAGAAGAGGAGCAAGGCGAAGUUAUGACGGGGCUCUAUGCCUUCUCCCAGACGGAGCUCUAUGUGCCUGAUCCUGUUGUCGAUGGCGUUAUACCAAAGAACAAUUUUGGCAAUAUCGAUCUUUAUGUACCUUCCAUGCUUCCCGCUGGAGCGGUGCAUAUCCCUUAUAAGGGAACUGCCAAGAUAGCAAAGCAGCUCGGAUUUGAUUAUGCAGAAGCAGUUACUGGGUUCGAAUUUCGGAGCCGUAGGGCCACACCUAUCAUUGUUGGGAUCGUUGUUGCUACCGAUAACGAAGGGACGAUAUUGGAGGCAUACUGGGAGGCUGAGCAAGACGCUGCGGCGAAAGCGCGUGCCAAGAGGCGAGACCGCGUGCUGAAACGGUGGAUUAGACUUGUUCAUGGGCUGCGCAUUCGGCAAAGCUUACAAGAGGAGUACAAGGAUCGACCGCGACCUACUGGUGAUGCAGGAGAAGCAUGUUAUUUCCAUUGGCUCGAUAUGGAGAUCCGACCGGGUCUGGCUGGCGGCGGCGGCUUUCUGGAAGGCGCUGAUGCUGUCGUUCACGCAUUCCACCUACCAAAAGCAUAUCUCCCGGCCGCAGACGAGAGUGAAAACCGUGACCAACACAUGUCCAAUGGAAACAGCGACGAGGCUGAGGAGCCCCCCGCUCUCGACCUCGAGACGAUGGAUGUGGAUCCGGCGGAGGCUGCGGCCCCGGCUUCGACCGGGCCGAGUGCGCCGACCCGGGUCCCGAAGACGAUGGCGGAGCUCGCGGAAGAGACCGCUGCCAAGCUCAAAAUUGAGCUUGAACGAGAUACGAUCGGGGGGGAGGAGUUCCCGGUGGUGGAUUACCCAGCAAUUGUGCCAGAAACGACGAAGGCGGGCCGCAAGACGCAGCCGAAGAGGACUCCAACGGGGAAGUCGGGCGGCGCAAGGGCAAGGGCGAAGGGCCAAGCAAGAGCUCCUGCGAGACGCUCGUCUACGCGGAAGCGACAGCGGGGAGGUGGUAGCGAAUCGGAUGAGGCAGAAGCAGAAUAUGGUGAAAGUGACGCGAGCGAUGCGGCCUCGCCUGCAAAAAGGGUGAAGACAGUCGUUCCUCUGCCUACUAGGACACUGCGGCCGCGGAGAGUGAGCACCAAGGUGUCCGUUAACUAUGAUGAGACAGGCGGUAGUGAGGAGGAGGAAUGA